AUGGCUUAAGUUGAUGAAAUUCAACCAUCUUAAAUAGAAACACAGCAAAGUAAUUCUCAAAGGCUUAUUCGACUCUUUUUUAAUUACAUUUUGUCUGAUAUUGCGAAAAGACCACGCUCUUUUAAGAUUGGAUUAUUCUCAACAUAUAUUGUUAUUGCUUUUUUAGGAUUACUUUAAUGUUUAAAGUGUCUAAGUCCUUUUAUUUUUCUUUAGUUAGCUGAAACAUCUGUUGGCGAUACAGAUUUAUAGUUUUUACCUAAAACUAUUACAAACUAAAGCAAUUUCAGACUAAUCAACAUAACUGAAUUGCGCUAAGUAUUUAACUUAUUUUAAGUAGUAUACAUCUUAAAUCAAUGAAUUUCUAGAUAUAUCUCCAAGAUGGUUAUUGAUUUGUGAUAUACACAAUCCUAAAGCCUAAAUCAAUUUGACUUCUUUUUUUAUGAUUCUUGAUUCAGAACUUGAAAAUAGUAUUGGACUUGGUAGAAGAUUAGACACUGAUAUUAUUACAUCCAAUUAAAUUUAUAUUACUUAAGGACUUUAAAAAGGACUUGGUGUAUAAAUUGGAGAUUAUAUUCAAAUUAAAUUUAGUGUUCUUUAAUUUCUAAAAAAUUUAGGAUUUAAAACAUCAGAAGUUGAAUCUAAAAAUAAUUUAAGAGAUUCAUUCAAAAAUUUCAUCAAUAAUCUCUUAUAAAUUUCUAAUGAUGAUAUACUUUAUAGAAAAUUUGAUGUUUAAACAAUUUUAUAAUUUUCUAAGGAAUAUAAAUAUUAUGUGAAAGAUGUGGAAAAGUCUAAGUGGAAGAAAAAAUAAACAAAAAAUAGAUUUAUUUCAUCAAUUUAUAGUUUAAAUCUUACUAAUCAUCAGAAGAGAUUAGGUAAAAAAUUAGUGGAUUUUUUAUUCACUAGAAAUAUGACUAAUGAUGCUUAGUAUUUUUAUAGAUUUGCUUCUCGAUUAUCAAAAUUUACAAAAGAAGUGACAAUAUUAUAAAUUGAGGAUGGUUUAUUUGAUAUUGCUAUUGAAAUGGUUGAAUUUUAAUUAAAUUUUUAAGUUUAUUAAAGUGUUUAAUCUCCUAAAGGUAAAUGGACAGAAGCAUUAGGUAUGAUGGUUUAUAUGGAUUAUAAAAAUGCAAGUCAUAUUUUUAUGGAAGCUAUACUUGAUAGACUUGACAAAGUAGUUAAAGAAAAGAAAAAGUACGAUAAAGGUAUAGCAGGAGCAAUAUCAACAUUAAUUCCUGUUUUAGAAACACGAGAUACAGUAAUGGGCAAACUUAAACAUUUAAAACUAUAAGAAUAUUCUUUAAUGGCUAAUCUUGUUUUCAAAAAUAAAUAUCCUAAAUAUGAAAGUCCAUAAAAUGCCAGAGAUAUUGUUAUCUCGACAACAAAUUAAUUUUACUCAAUUGCAGGAUACGAUUAUCCAGUCUCAAUAAUGGCUCCAUUAGGUUACAUAAUUUAAUUAUAUCAUUUAAUAAAGCACUUUAUUGAAACUCUAAUUGCUGCAGCAACAAUGAUAUUAUUAAUGUUAUCUAUACUUUUAAUUUAUUCUUUAAUGAUUGGUGAUGUAGAAGAGAAGACUUAUGAAUUUGGAAUGUUAAGAGCUUUAGGAUUUAGAAAAUCAUGGCUUAUUAUCUUAUUAUUAUUAUAAGCAUUAACAUUCGCAAGUAAUUUUAUUAUUAUUUUAUAUCUUUAGUACCAGGUUUAUUAUUAGCAUUAAUUACAUGUUAUCUCUUAAAUAGUAUAAUAUCUAUGUAUAUCUUCAAUAUGUCUCUUUUGAUUUCCUCAUAUAGUCUUCCAAUUUAAGCUUUAUUAUUUUCAUUAAGUGUUGGAAUCUGUAUGCCUAUCAUUAGCAACAUUUUACCAAUCUAAUAGGCUUUAUCGAAAACUUUAAGAGAUUCAUUGAAUUUACUUCAUAAAGUUAUUAGCAACAUAAAUGUAACUGUUAUGAAAUUAGAAAAAAUGGGUAUAAAUUUAAAUUAAACUAUAUAUUCAAUUAUGUUAAUAUCUAUAGGAUUUAUAAGUUAUUAUAUUAUUCCUAUGAAUAUUGUUUAUUAAAAUAUUGGAUUUGCCAUUUUUAUACUAAAUAUUGUAUUUAUCACAAUGUUAGUUGGUAUAACAAUGAUUAUAAAUUUGAUUUAAAAAGUAGUUGAGAAAAUAAUUCUCCAUAUUAUUCUAUGUAUAAAAUCAUCAGAUAAAAAUCUGAAAUCAAUAAUUUUAAAUAAUUUACAUAGUCAUGAGAGUAAGAAUGCAAAAACAACAUUAAUUUAUUCACUUGGAUUAUCAUUGAUUAUUUUUACAGGAUCAUCAUUUGUAUUAAUGAAUUAAAUGAUGGGGAAUUUUAUAAAUAUUAAUACAGCAUCAGAUAUUCGUAUAUUUGAUGUCUCUAAAAAAUUUGGAUUAGAUGAAUAUCGUUUAAGAUAACAUCUUUUAUGGGAGUAAUAAAAUGAUCCUACGUUAAUCAAAGAUUAUACAUUUAGUGCAUUACCAUUAAAUAAUUAUCCUGGGAUGGUAAACAUUUUUUAGAUAUCUCCAUUGUCAAAUUUUCCAAAAAAAAGAAUAAAUCUUUAGCCAGUUGAAAAGAAUUUUUUAAACUCUAUUUCAAUUUAGUAUUAUUAACCAACUGAAUAUAAUACACAAUUAAAAGAUGUGAGAUAUUUAGAGAAUGGUUUAAGAGAUGGUGUAUAUGAUCUUUAUAAUCGUGCUUUUAAUUUUGAUAUAUAAUCAGAUUCGGAUGAAUUUGGAAUAGUUUCUAAUCGAAAAUAUAAAAAAGAAUAUGAAGCGUCAGAGAAAAAGGAAGGAAAAAAGAGAAUAAGUAAGGUUGAUAGAGAAAUAAAUAUAAUAAUACCAGAAGGUUAUAGAAAAGAAGGAAGUUUAAGUGUUGAUACACCAGCUUUAUUAGUUAUAAAGAAUAAAUAAUUUAAAAUGGAGAAGAGAUUAAAAAUCAUUCAUAUGGCAACUAAGAUUCCAAACUUUGAUUUUAGUGCUUAUGCAACGAUUGUAUUUUAUGGGUAAGGAUUGAUUACAAUGGAGGAUGCUGAAAUACUAUUUAAAGAGAUUAUUAACAAUAGAGCUGUAAAACGCAGUAGAAAUUAUAAAAUAAUUAAAUAAUUUUUAGAACAGUUACCAUAAAAUUUAAGUUUUGGAUUACCAAAAAAUUAAUUAUUUAUAAAAUUUAACAGAGAAACAACUACAGAGGAAAGAUAUGAUUUUAAUAAUCGAUUAAGAAAUUAUUUCACGAAUGAUUAGAUUUAUUUGAUUGAUUCUAAAGAGAUAAUGAAAACUUUUGAUGAUGUAUUUAUUUAUUUUGAAAUAUUCAAUGCAGUAGUAGCAAUAAUUGCAUUAAUACUAUCCUUUUUCUUGCUUUUAAUUUCAUUUAUAAGGAAUGUAAGGAAUAAUUGUUGGGAAAUUGGUAUAUUGAGAGCAAUAGGUUUAAAAGAAGUAAAUAUGAAAUAUAAUUAAAUUAGGUGUAAAUUCAAAAAAUAUUUAUUUAUGAGGCAAUUUCUUUGAUAAUGGCAUCAGGUUUAAUAGGAACUUUAGUAGGUUUUAUAAUUGCAUGUACAUUUGCAAUUUAGAUUAAUACAUUUUCUGAAUAAUAAUUUAAAUUAGUAUUUCCAUUGUUUACAGUUCUUUUAACUUUUUUUGGUGGAUUAAUAGUUGCUGUAUUUUCUAGUUAUUUGGCUGUGAGAUAAAUAAAAAGGAAAGAAAUUUCAUCCAUUUUAAAAAAUUAGAUUUGA